AUGGCGAGCGGCAGGGAGGAGGAGCCCCUCAGUGGCCGCGGUAGCAGCAGCCGCGACGGGGCGGCGCGGCCGAGCUCGGCUGCGGCGCCCGUGCUGGCGGCCCUGGAGCUGGCGGAGGAGGCGGGGAAGGCGGCGCCCAGGGGCCCGGCGCAGGAGCCCAACGCCUACAAAGCCCUCUCCCUGGUAUUGUGUGUCAUUGUGUUAACAACAAUUUUAGGAUGCAUAUUUGGACUGAAGCCUAGCUGUACAAGAGAUGUCAAAACCUGCAAAGGUCGCUGCUUUGAGAGAACAUUUGGAAGCUGCCGUUGUGACACUGAAUGUGUUAAACUUGGAAACUGCUGUUUAGAUUUCCAAGAAGCCUGUAUUGAACCUGCUCAUAUAUGGACCUGUACAAAGUUUCGGUGUGGUGAGAAGAACCGGACAGAGUAUCACUGCUCUUGUUCAGAUGACUGUGUGAAAAAUAAUAAUUGCUGUGUCAAUUAUUAUUCAGUUUGUGAAGGAAAGGCAAGCUGGCUUCAAGAUGAAUGUGAGGACAUUAAGGAACCCCAGUGUCCGGACAGAUUCACCAAGCCUCCAGUGUUGUUGUUUUCUUUGGAUGGAUUCAGGGCUGAGUAUUUGCACACAUGGGGUGGACUUCUUCCUGUUAUUAGCAAAUUACAAAAAUGUGGAACGUUUACUGAUGGCAUGAGACCAGUGUAUCCAUCAAAAACAUUUCCCAAUCAUUACAGCAUUGCUACGGGCUUAUAUCCAGAAUCACAUGGUCUAGUAGAUAACAAAAUGUAUGAGCACAAGAGAAAUGCUUUCUUCACCCUCAGAAAUGAAGAGAAGUUCAAUCGACAGUGGUACCUAGGGCAGCCAAUUUGGCUGACAGCUAUGUAUCAAGGACAAAAAUCUGCUUCAUUCUUCUGGCCUGGUUCAGAUGUGGAUGUUAAUGGAAGUUUUCCAAAUAUUUACAAAGUAUACAAUAGGUCAAUACCAUUUGAAGAAAGAGUAGCAACUUUACUUAGUUGGCUACAGUUACCAGAAGACAAAAGACCACACUUUUACACUCUGUAUUUAGAAGAACCAGAUUCUUCAGGCCACAGAUAUGGACCAAUCAGCAGUGAAAUAAUUCUUGCAUUACAGAGAGUGGAUAAAGUGGUUGGGAUGUUGAUGGAUGGUCUUAAACAAAUGAACCUGCACAAUUGCAUUAACAUUAUUCUUCUCUCUGAUCACGGGAUGGAGGCAGCUAGCUGUAGUAAAACAGCAUACCUGGAUACAUACUUGGAUGAUGUUAGAAAUGUGGCUGUAGUAUCUGGCCCUGCAGCUCGUUUAAGGCCAAACAAUGUUCCAGAUGAGUAUUUCUCUUUUGAUUAUGAAGGCACUGUGAGAACCCUUACAUGCUUAGUCCCAGAUCAGCAUUUCAAAGCAUACAUGAAAAACCUACUCCCCAAGCGAUUUCACUAUGCCAACAGUGACCGGAUUGAACCAGUUCAUUUUUAUAUGGACGAGCAGUGGCAAUUUGCUCGAAUGCCAUCUGAGCUCAAGUAUUGCAAAGGUGGAUUCCAUGGGUCAGACAAUACAUUUGCAAAUAUGCAGGCUCUGUUCAUUGGCUUUGGACCUGGAUUCAAGUUUCAAACCAAAGUCGAACCCUUUGAAAAUAUUGAAAUCUACAAUAUAAUGUGUGAUCUACUUGACUUGACACCAGCCCCUAACAAUGGUACUCAUGGAAGCCUCAAUCAUCUUUUAAAGAAACCCACUUAUAUCCCAAAGUUUCCAGAGGAAGCAAGUUAUCCUUCUUCAUGCCCUUUCACAAGGCGGAGAACUUCUACAGGUGAUCUUGGCUGCUCAUGUGAUUUGUUGGGUUCACCACAGAGACAACCACAGAUAAGUGUCACCACUUUACAGGUAAAGAAGGUAGAACAAUACAGUUUGCCUUUUGGGAGACCCAGAGUGCUACAAAAAGAUCUAAACUAUUGCCUUCUUCACAAUAAUCACUACAUAAAUGGAUAUAACAAGGAUAUCAAGAUGCCUUUGUGGAGUGCAUAUACUGUUAACAAGCAUGACAAUCAGAAUGCCUCUAAAGAAGCCAUCUCCAGCUGUCUCCACAUUGAUAAUCGUAUCCCUUUAAGUCUUGGCCAGAGUUGUUCAUUUUACAAAGGCCAUCCACAGCUAAACUAUGGAUUUCUUUUCCCACCAAAUUUAAUAAAAGAUGAAAGAACUGGGAGCUAUGAAGGAUUUUUCACAAGCAACAUUGCUCCAAUGUAUCAUGCAUUUCAAGUGAUCUGGAACUAUUUCAGUGCAGUCCUUCUACCAGCAUAUGCUAAAGCCAGAAAUGGAGUAAACGUAAUCACUGGUCCUGUGUUUGAUUAUGACUACAAUGGCUUGUACGAUACACCCAAGGAAGUGAAAAGAUUUGCUAAUAAUUCAGAAGUCCUGAUUCCAACUCACUAUUUCAUUAUGUUGACAAGCUGUAAAAAUGUUUCUCAGACUCCUUUGCAAUGUGAAGGGUCUCUCGAUGUAAAAUCUUAUAUUGUACCUCACAGAGAAGACAACAGUGAAAGCUGCGUGAGUGGCAAGACUGAAUCCUUGUGGGUUGAAGAAAGAAUGAGAUUUCACACAGCCCGUGUCAGAGACAUAGAACUUCUGACUGGGCUAAGCUUUUUCCAUGAAAGAAAAGAGCCUGUGUCAGACAUUUUACAGUUAAAAACAUAUUUGCCUAGUUUAAACAAGGACUAAUUUUAAUGCUUGCACACUAUUGGAAUUUUUGUACAGAAAGAGAGCGACUAUUAUUGCAGGAAAGAAGUGUAUAUUAAACAUG